AUGGCUUCUAUGGAUGUGAUCCCAGUCCCCAUCUUAGCUUCAGGUGAGCCGCAAAAAUCGCUAAACAGUGGGCCUAAUGCUGUGUUGGGAAGCGAGAAUGAAAAGUUCGCAGAACAGUCAUUGGAACUUCCCAUCACAGGCAGCGAUUCAGAUGUAGUCCUCGUCGACUAUGAGGAGAACGACCCAGAAAACCCAUUGAAUUGGUCGUCAACUCGAAAGUGGCUAAUUGUGUCCGCUGUCUCGUGGAUGGGUUUCGUCAGUGUCUUUUCAACAAUGACCAUCACAUCCACAGCACCACAGAUCUUGGAGGAGUUUCAUUCACACAGUUCGUUUGACCAGACAUUGCUUGUCACGAUUUGGGAACUUGGGGAAGGGAUUGGUCCCUUUUUUAUCGCACCGCUCUCUGAAAGGUUCGGCAGACUUCCCGUCUUCCACGUCGGGAAUUUCCUCGCAUUAUGUUGCUUGGUCGCCACCGCUCUGAGUGUGAACAUUCCCAUGGUGAUUGCGUUCCGAUUCCUAACGGGCUGCUGCCUGUCAAUUCUCACCCUUGGGCCCGCGAUUGUCGGGGAUAUGUUCCACAUGGAACACACUGGUGUGACCAUGGCAUUGGUCAUGGGAACUCAGAUGAUAGCAGAUUUCAUCUCACCUGUCGCAGGAUCGUAUAUCGCACAGGAUCUGGGUUGGCGAUGGUCGAUUUGGCUAGCGGCCAUUCUUUCUCUUACUGGUCGUGUACCGGAGACAUACGCAGUCGUCAUUUUGAAGCGUAAGGCAAAGCGGUUACAAAAGGAGAGCGCGGAUGCCAAACAGAAUCGUUCCAAACAUCAGGCGCGCGUUGAUGCAAUCACCAUUAUCGAAAGCGUCAUGAAGCCGUUGCACAUCCUGAUCCUCAUGCUGACGACGAGUUACAUGACAAUAAAAUACGCCUUAGUCUCAUUGAUUCUUGCCACAAUCACGGAAACCAUGGAAUCAAUGUACCCAAAUGUCUUUUCUCGCGGAUCCAUUGGCCUCACAUUUUUGAGUCUCGCCAUCGGAAAUACCAUCGCCUUAAUCUUCUACAGUCUCACUUCUGACCGCUGCAUGAUCCAUCUGCGAAAAAAGAAGGGCGAAUCAUUCGAGCCGGAGUCGCGGCUAAUACAUCUACUCCUUGCUGCAAUCAUUCUUCCCAUGGGCUUUCUCAUCUACGGAUGGUCAUUGGAGUUUCACGUUCAGUAUAUUGUGCCACUCAUCGUAACUACUGUUGCGGGUUUCAGCAUGACACUUUCCACUAUACCAAUCGAAACAUAUGUGGUGGAUGUUUACAAGAUUCAUGCAGCAUCUGCUAUAGGUGCUGGCGUGAUCUUCCGCGCAUUUGCAGGGGCUUUUCUCCCACUGAUUGGCCCUCCUCUGUAUCAAGGCAUUGGGUAUGGUUGGGGCAAUAGUGUUCUAGCAUUGAUUGCAGCCUUGUUUAUUCCACCGUUAGGCAUGCUGAUGAGAUACGGAAACUGGUUUCGUAGCAGGGAACGAUUUGGAUCAUCGGGACGGUAG